AGACUAAGCAGUGUCUUUAAUUCUCUUGUUUUCAUUUUUGAUAUAUGAACUUGAGUGCUGUUGAACUUGAGUGAUUGGUCUGUAACGUGUUGGAUAUAUGAACUUGAUGAUGUUUUGUGUCUUGAUGUUCCUUUGAACUUGAGUGCUGUUUUGUGUCUUGAUGUUCCUUUUCUUGGCUUUAGAACUGGCCUCCUGAGGAGACUAGAUACUUUUUCCAACUUUAUGCCGAAGAGAGAAGAAAGGGAAAUAGGACCAAUAUGUCUAUGAAUAAAGUAGGGAAGGAGAACAUCAUGGUGGCGUUUGAAUACAUGUUUAAGAAAGGAUAUGAUUCUUGGCAAACUUUCAAGAACAAAUACGACACAAGUAGGAAGAAAUACACCAAGUUUAGGAAGUUAACUAAGAAUAGGACAGGGCUUGGGUUUGAUAACUUGGGAAGGAUCGAUAUGUCAGAUGAUUGGUGGAGUGAACGCGAAAAGGAGUGUCCUGGGAUUGGAAGAUCCAUAUGGAAAGAGGAAUUUAAUAUGGAUCUGUUUGAAGAAGAGUUCCGUGCUGUAGUAGUAACUGGAGCAGAAGGAUGGAGUGCUCAACAUGGAGAAGCAAGCUUAAAUUCUAGAGUGGGUGGAGAUGAAGGUGAUGAAGCCGAUUCUCAGCCAGCAGCAGAAACAUAAACUCAAGCAGCAGCAGAGACAUAAACUCAGCCACAAGCUCAUACACAAACCCAACAGAAGACUCAUUCUGGAAGUUCAAGAGGAAAAAGAAAGCGUAAAGAGAAGGAUAUGGUUGUAGAAGCUUGUGACAAAUGUACUGAAGCUCUUAUGGUGAAGAAUAGGAUAGUCUUGGUAUAAAUGACUUAUAUGUCUUUAUUCAAUAUGGUUUUGUAGAUGCUUGAAAGAUGGAUGUUGGAAGAUGAGGAUGGUGAUUAUGAGGAAGAACUUGGUUUGUUUGAUGUGCCUAUUAUUGAGAGAUUGAGUCAUAGAACAUAUUGAGGAGCAGGAUGGCGACAUGUUCAACAACUUAUGUAUGAAUCUGAUCAGCAAUGUUAUGACAUUCUUCGAAUGAAUCAAAGGACUUUUGAAGCUUUGUGCAAGAUGCUAGCUGAGCGAUAUGGAUUGAAAGAGACUCACCAUGUCUACCUUGAAGAAUCUGUGGCGAUGUUUCUCGAGACUGUUGGUCAAGAUAAGACGAAGCGGGAUAUUGCUGCAAGGUAUCAAAGAUCAUUGGAUACAGUCCAACGGAAGCUUGAUGAUGUUUUGAGUGCUAUUCUGAAGUUUGCGGAGGAUACAUUAAGACCACAAGAAGGCGAGUUUGGAAGAGUGAGUCCUGUUUUGAGGAAUGAUGAUCGGUAUUGGCCUCAUUUCAGAGAUUGUGUUGGAGCACUCGAUGGAACUCAUGUGCCGGUUCGCCCUCCAAGUCAAAAUGCAGAAGCAUAUAAAGGUAGAAAGCAAGAUCCUACAAUGAAUGUUCUUGCUAUAUGUAACUUCGACAUGAAGUUCAUAUACGCAUAUCUCGGUGUACCUGGUAGAGCACAUGAUACGAAGGUCUUGACUCAUUGUGCGAGGAAUGAGGCUUCUUUCCCACAUCCUCCUCCUGGGAGGUAUUAUCUAGUUGACUCGGGAUAUCCAACUAGGACGGGGUAUCUUGGUCCGCAUCGGAGUAUGCGAUAUCAUCUUGGUCAGUUUGCUAGAGGAGGACCACCAGUUAGUGCACGAGAGUUGUUCAACCGAAAGCAUUCAGGAUUGCGAUCGGUGAUUGAGAGGACAUUUGGAGUAUGGAAAGCAAAAUGGAGGAUUUUGGAUCGUAAGCAUCCAAAGUAUGGUCUGGUCAAGUGGAUUAAGCUUGUGACAGCGACGAUGGCGCUACACAACUUCAUACGUGAUUCACAUCGGGAAGAUCAUGAUUUUGUACAAUGGCAAAGCGAUGAUGAUGGAGAAAGAGAAGGAGAAGCAGAAGGAGCUGAUGGUGAUGAAGAAGAAGGAGAAGAAGGUGAUGAUGAUGAUGAUGAUGAUGAUGAUGAUGAUGGUGGUGGUGGUGGUGGUGGUGGUGGUGGACAUAUUGUAUAUGAGCCGACCGGUGAUAGAACGAUGGAAGCUUUGCGUAAGAGCAUCACAGAUGAAUAUGGUAGAGGUCGUUUACCGUAUUAAAUGUUUUAGUUAAUGACU